AUGAAAUGGAAUGAAACAGCCGUCGCACAAGUCGUUUAUGAUAAAGAAGAAGUUGGCCAAGAAGCAGAGGCAGAACAGGCCUAUUCCUCACUGGAUUCGUCUUCGUACCGACAACACUAUCAGGUACAAUGCCAAGCGCAGGCACUGGCGUAG